AGUCUUUUCAAAUCGAUUCGGUCAACACUGGUGCGCCUGAAAGAAAACUUUCCUCUAUUUCAGUAAGUCAGGCACUGAAAUGUUAUAGAUUUUGGCAACUAAUAUUACAGUUUCAGGUAUCAAAAUGCUGGGAAACUAUUACUUUGCGAUCGUCGGUCAUCGCGAUAAUCCAGUGUUAGAAAUGGAAUUCAAUACACCAACGAAAUCUUUGGAUUCAUCUCAAGGUCGCGAAAGCUACAAGAGAGAUGAUCACAGACACCUCAAUCAGUUUAUUGCACAUGCUGCACUGGAUCUUGUUGAUGAAUCUAUGUGGACCACAACAGGAAUGUAUUUGAAAAAUGUUGAUAAGUUCAAUGAAUGGUUUGUGUCAGCUUUUGUGACAGCCUCAGGUAAGAGAUUUAUGAUGCUUCAUGAUGUUAGAAAUGAUGAUGGAAUAAAGAAUUUUUUUGCUGAUGUCUAUGAAACAUAUAUCAAGGUACAUGUAUUUUGAGAUUCUUAAUAUUACUUUUGCUUAAAUGCAAUGUACACAAACAAAUGACUUGUCAUAAACAAGAAAAUGUAGAUUAUGUUUUGGUAAUUUUUUUUAUGAACUUUCCAGGUGCAUUCUAUGGAUUAAGU